CCUGCCCCUGAAACGGGCAGGAAGACGACCAGGGAAAGAAGCGGCCUUCGCGACAUCCCCACGUCCCCUUCCUUUCAAGUUUCCACGCGUACAGAGCACACACACACACACCCCGGAAGCCCUCGCAGCUCCAUCCGAUGGGGUUCCAACCCCCUCGGGGCAGGGGGGAAAGACAGGCCACCAGGACAGCCGUUCAGGGGGCCGCGAAGGCUCGGCGUGCCCGCCCAUCUUUCCCCGGAGUAAAAGCGCGGUGGCCCCGCCUCUUUCCAUAAGGAAGCUUCAAGCUCCAGGAUUGUCCAACGGACCAGCCGCCCCAUGGCCGGGCGCGCGAGAGGCCAGCAGCCGCCGCCACACGGCAACAUGAUCACUUCCGGUUUCUCUUCCCCCAACCCCUCAGCAGCAGCGGCUCAGGAGGUCAGACCUGCCACUGAUGGUAGUAGCAGUAGCUCCUCCUCCUCGUCCUCCUCCAAGAAGAGAAAAUUAAAUAGUAAUAGUAACAGCAGUGAGAGAGAAGAGGUUGACGCUAUCUCCUGCUCUUCCCUUCUUUCCAAAACCAAUUCUUCCUCCUCUACGACCUCCUCUGUCAACACCACUGCUUCUACUUCCUCCUGUUCCUCCUCAGGGGUUGUCUCUUCCAACCAUCACCUACAGAAGAAGUUGCGCUUUGAGGACUCAUUGGAUUUUAUUGGACUUGAUGUGAAGAUGGCUGAAGAGUCUUCCUCUUCUUCCUCUUCAUCACCUGCUGCCUCUUCACAGCAGCAGCACCAGCAACAACUCAAAAAUAAAAGCCUUCUAAUUUCCUCAGUAGCUGUGGGACACCACGCAAAUGGCCUGACCAAAGCUGCCUCUUCCACGGUCUCCAGUUUUGCCAACAGUAAACCUGGCUCAGCCAAGAAGUUAGUGAUCAAGAAUUUUAAAGACAAACCUAAACUGCCUGAAAAUUAUACAGAUGAAACCUGGCAAAAACUGAAGGAAGCUGUAGAAGCAAUUCAAAACAGUACUUCAAUAAAAUACAAUUUAGAAGAGCUCUAUCAGGCUGUUGAAAAUCUCUGCUCCUACAAGAUCUCUGCAAAUUUGUAUAAACAAUUAAGACAGAUUUGUGAAGACCACAUCAAAGCACAGAUUCAUCAGUUUAGAGAGGAUUCAUUGGACAGUGUUCUUUUUCUCAAGAAAAUAGACAAAUGUUGGCAAGAUCAUUGCAGACAAAUGAUAAUGAUUAGAAGUAUCUUUUUGUUCCUGGAUCGAACUUACGUACUUCAAAAUUCCAUGCUGCCAUCAAUUUGUCAAAGCCAUGUUAUGGCUUUCAUGACUGAAAGUCAAAAUCAUGCUAAGUAUGUAGAUUCAAAGCUUCGUGCGGGCAACAAAGAGGCUACUGAUGAAGAGCUAGAAAAGAUGCUGGAUAAAAUUAUGAUUAUAUUUAGGUUCAUAUACGGCAAGGAUGUCUUUGAGGCCUUUUACAAAAAAGAUCUAGCUAAGCGGCUAUUAGUGGGCAAAAGUGCAUCAGUAGAUGCCGAGAAAUCUAUGCUUUCUAAACUCAAACAUGAAUGUGGAGCUGCUUUCACUAGCAAACUUGAAGGAAUGUUUAAGGACAUGGAACUUUCUAAAGACAUCAUGAUACAAUUUAAACAGUAUAUGCAAAAUCAGAAUGUACCUGGUAACAUUGAACUCACCGUGAAUAUCUUGACUAUGGGCUAUUGGCCAACCUAUGUGCCUAUGGAAGUCCAUCUACCAUCAGAGAUGGUAAAACUGCAAGAGAUAUUUAAGACGUUUUACCUAGGAAAACACAGUGGCAGGAAACUUCAGUGGCAGUCAACGUUAGGUCACUGUGUACUCAAAGCAGAAUUUAAAGAGGGCAAAAAGGAACUACAGGUCUCCCUGUUCCAGACUCUAGUGCUCCUCAUGUUUAACGAAGGCGAAGAGUUCAGUUUAGAGGAGAUAAAACAAGCCACCGGAAUAGAAGAUGGAGAGCUACGGCGAACCCUCCAAUCAUUAGCUUGCGGCAAGGCAAGAGUACUAACCAAAAGCCCCAAAGGCAAGGAUGUGGAAGAUGGAGACAAAUUCACUUGUAAUGAUGACUUCAGGCAUAAGCUGUUCCGGAUAAAGAUCAAUCAAAUCCAGAUGAAAGAAACGGUGGAGGAACAAGCAAGCACUACAGAAAGAGUCUUUCAGGAUCGGCAAUACCAAAUAGAUGCCGCAAUUGUGAGAAUCAUGAAAAUGCGCAAGACGCUUAGUCACAAUCUGCUUGUGUCAGAGGUAUAUAACCAGCUGAAAUUCCCAGUAAAGCCCGCUGACCUUAAGAAGAGAAUAGAGUCGUUAAUUGACAGAGACUACAUGGAAAGAGACAAGGAGAAUCCCAACCAGUACAACUACAUUGCAUAAAACACACACAAUGGGCCUUUGUUUUCCUUUUCUGCACACUUGAUGUUCUACUUGGUUGCUGGUGGAUAAACAAGCCUGUUGGUCCCAUUAAAUUAACUUUUUCUACUACAGAUGACUGAGUGAAAGCAACGUAACGGAGGGGGGUGGGAAUAGUAGAAUGGACUUUUCCAGAGGCUUAAUAUGCCCAUUUAAAAGAGUAGUAUUUACAUUUUAAGAAGAAUGCUGUUGAACUCUUUGCAUGAUAUUUGGUAUGAUGUGCAGAAAACUGUAAGGAAGUACCUGGUCUUUGUGAUUUCUAUUGGUCCCCAGAUCUAAAGAGGGUCUCUCUUUAGUGCAAAGCUAUCAUCCCUUUUUUUUCAUCUCAAAACAAUAAAAAGGUAAACAUUUAACACAACUGUAGUCAUUUUUUAAAAAAGAAAUGCUUAAACUGCAUGCAAAUCUCUUAAUUGCUAUAAAGAAUUAUUGGAUGCAUUUAUCAAAAUACAAAAGCAUAUAUGGAUUUGGCUGUCACUCAAAGUAACAAAAGUCUCCACCGUACUCUCAGAGUAUACCAAAACUUUUUUGCAACUGUUGGAAAGGGAAUUUGCACCCCUGCAAGUGGACUUGGGAGAUUUAAGUAGCUUAUUCAUGUUUGUUGUUGGCAUCCUGAACAGCUUGGGUUUGUGCUGCAAAGACUGCCAUUAAAACUAGGGGUAGACUGCUGAAACUCCUUCCAUUCCCAAAUACUUUGCAAAUAUAUAAAUAUUACUGUAAAAGCUGCCAUGGGGAAAUUUCUCUCUCAAUCCCCUUUAUUUUUUUCCCAAAGAGAAAAGUUCUCAUUGAAUGAACACAGCAGUGGGCAAUGCUUCUGGUAUUAGUUCAGCAUUUCUUGUUCCUCCACGGCCGUUGCAAGAGAACCAACAUUAGGGAUCAAUGCUUCAUCCUCCCCAUCACCCAAAUCCUUUGUUUUUAGCCCAUGAUCACGCUGGCCCUGGAUACUAUACCCUUGCUUGACAAUAGCACAGUUUUAAGGCCUGGUGUAUCUGUUUAGGCCCCCAAUUCUUCCUUAAUUUAGAAGAGCAAAAAGUACCUGCAAAGUAUUCUAGAGAAUUAUGAAAAGAAAUUUUUUCAAAACUUCUAAUCUGAAAGCAACCCCCUCCCCUUUUCUUUUUUUAUUUUCUUUAAAUCCUUAACUUGUAGACUGAGCAGUGUUAGUUUAGCUGUUCAGAUCAUCUCAUCCAGCAUCCUAAAGAAGACCCUGUGCUCUGUACUGUAUUGUAUUCAUUAUGUCCAGGAGAUCCUUUCCCAACGUGGCUUUAAAACCUGUGCUAUUCCAAAUGUUUCUCUAUUCUCUUCCAACAUCAGGGUUCUUGUUGAACAAAAGCGAAGCAGUUUAUCACUGCAUGAAGCAAUACCGAUAAUAGCUAUCGCCCAUCAGUGCUGACCUUCCACAGGUCUUCACAACCAGCACCAGCAACAAAGAGUGUUCAGUAGUUUACCUUCAGGUUUUAUUUAUCUCUUAUCCCCCACAGUGGAAACAUUUAGUCAACAGUAGCAAGGAAUUUGUCACAGGAAGGGCAUUUAAAAACUUUACGUUCUAGUUUCAUGCUCUCUGUUACCCCAUGGUAUGUGAUAAUGCUAUACUUUUCCCCUUUGAAUAACAUUUUAUGUUGUGUAUGGCAAAGAAAUUCAGCAGAAAAAAGAAGUCAUGCAUGGGGGACAGAUGGAAAUUAAAAAGACAAUUGGUGUAUGAGCGCAGUAAAACAAAGUACAUGAUUUAAAUACAUUUGUUGGAAACUAUUCUAAACUUCGAAAUAAGACUCCAACUGUAAUCUGCAGUUUUGGACUAGAAAGUAUUUUGAUCCUGGAGUUGCGUCCAGGGACAUCUCAACAGUAAAUCAACAAUUUGGACUGUUCUAUUGAAUUCUUGCACUCUGUGUAAGGUUUCCCAAGGCAGCACUUAGUAUUGUAACAAGGGCAUUAGGAGAAGUUCAGAUUAGAUCUGAAGCAAACAAACACCUCUGCCCUCAUUCCCUUAUUUUCCAGCAAAUAUCACAAGUUCUCCUGCACCCCACCCUGGACUGGUGAUAGCUAUGGCAAAACAAAACAAAAAACUUCUCAGCCAUACUGUUCAGCAACUUUUUGCUGAGAUCAUGUGCCUGCUUUAUUGAGCCAUAAAUAUAUUUAUAGUAUAUACCUUUAUUUCCAGUGGGCUUAGAUUGUGACCCACACAGCUUGUCUGAUCAUAAAUUUUUAAAUCUUUCAUUCUAUUGCAUGCAGUUUAUAGCAGCCUAAUUUAUAAGAAAUUACAAUUUAUUCUGAUGAAUAUUUUAGUUUUUUGGGUUUUUUAAAAAAAAUCUUUAUACCCAGAACAGAUUAUUUUUCUUUCUUUCUUGGCUAGUUUAAACAAAUAAAAGUGACCAUUUUGUUUCAAAACUAAUGGCAAAUGUGUUGUAAAGAUUGUUCUGUUCUAUAGCUUACACAAAGGUGCCAAAGUACAUAUAGUUAAUAAAAAAGUAGAAAAUUGUUAAGUUUACUUUAGCAGUGGUUUUAUCUUUUUGAUCUUACAGAUGCUCAUUUCGUGUCUUUUGCGCAUGUGCGCGUUUUGUGUAUAUGUGUGUCCUGGUCUCCUUAACUUCUUCCGAGCAUAUCAUCUGUCCUAAUGCUUUCUCUUUAAAAGAACUUUUUUUGUUUGUGCAUUUGAAAAUACCACUCUUUAAUUUUAGUGCUUUCAUAUAAUAGGAAGAGCAUCUCCUUUUUGAAGAGUUUAAAGUUGUAAGAGUACAGCAGCAUUCAAAAAUGUAAUAUACUUUUUGUAUAAGUAAAUUCUUCAGAAGAGUACCUUUGGAGUUUGGGGGAGGGAGGGAGGGGCAGACAUGGGAGGGGAAAUAAACCUGUUCCUUUUCAGAAGCCUUUUCACAAGGCCAUUUAGAAUACGAGGCUGUGCUUGUUCACUGCAUAGAAAUGUUCAACUUCACCCAGAUCUUGCAAAUGGGGCAUGUCAGCAUUGCGUCCUUUAAUGCAAAAGGAAAAAAUCUUUUUAAUGUUUCAUAAGAAGUCAGUGAUGGGUACAGAAAAGUCUCUUCUUUGGUAAAUAAUGUAAAUACAUGUCCUUUAAAAAGAGUGAGUCUGUUAUCUAGGUAUUUUGUGUCAUUUAAUAAAUAAUAAACAGUUUUGUGUUGCUAAA